AUGACCUUCAAUCGUAUCGCAGUCUAUGGCCACCGGGGAUGGGCUAGUUCAGAAAUCGUUAAAGCACUUGCUAGCUCAGGUGCUCCCCUUCGAGUCCUCCAUCGUCCUGGCUCCGACACCUCAUCUUUACCCGCCAGAGUUGAGGUCGCUGAAGUUGACUUGAUGGAUCAUGCUUCAUUGGUCGAUAAUCUCAAAGAUAUUGAUAUCGUCAUUUGCCUUGUUGGACAUGGUGGCGUCAUUCUUGAGCACCACUUCAUUGAGGCAAUCCCAAAAACGCAAGUGAAAUUAUUUGUUCCCUCCGACCUAGCGGCAAGAUACGAUGAACAAGGCAACCGUAUUCCUGUGAAUCGGAACAAGUUCGAGGUUGAGAAGGCAGCUCGUCAAGCCGGAAUCCCUACCACGGUCGUUCUUCCCGGAAACUUUGUAGAGUUUGCCUUAUCCACGCCCGCAAUGGGCGUCGACUGCCAGGAUAACAGGAUACAUUUCAUCGGUGAUAGUGCUUUAGAGCCGUUGAAUCUUUGCACGCGGUCUUACGUGGCAGCAGCUUACGCAUGCAUCUUCGCUUCAACGCCUAUCAAUCAGUUACAAAAUCGAGACUUGGCAUUAUCUGAACUGGUACCUACCGGAAAUGAAAUUGCCGAAGCUCUCACACGCAAGUUCAAUACGGCCCCACUCAUAAAGCAUGAAAGCAAAGAGAACAUUACCCGAGAAUUAGACGAGGCAAUUGAAACAGGCAAUCCAUUUGCCCUCGCACUCUACUGUCGAAAGAUUUGGGCAACUGGGCAGCAGGCCAAAAUGAUUGGUGCAGAUAUCUGGGACGUUGAAGAUUAUCCUAAGGCAACACUUUCCAGCCUGAUUGUCGAAGGCAAGCUUAAGCCAUACCGAUCGCUGCCUGGGGAAGUAAGGACUUUCUUUACGAACCAGUUCGACCAAUGUGAAUAA